AUGCUUUCAUUGGCAGUCAAGAAUUCUGCGCACGCAGUUCUUUUCCUGAGUCAAAUGUUUAGCGAAUGAAUUCCCCGAAAAGUGUGUUUUUUCCCCCCUCUGCAACUCUAGUUAUAAUUUCAUGGCGAAGAGACACGCCGAGGUCACUUUAAUUUCCGACCGCCCCGCGAAGAGAAGCUUUUUAUCUCAUUGCUGGGCCGACCUGCAGCUAGAGAGCAUGGCUGCCCACGGGGACGUCAGCCCGGCCUUGUCGCUCAAAGAACGGCCAUGUUGCCCCGAAAAGACGCGCGAAGAACCAUCACGUCUGUAUCUCAACACGACCGAACCACUUGACGCGGCUUCCCACGCGAAUGCGUCACACGCAUGUCCUGGAAGUUUCUCCAUCACGUCGUCAUGUUCAACGACCAGGAAACGACGUCGAGAAGAGUCAGGUGACGUCGUGGAUGACGUAACUAAAGUCACUGAUGAAGUAGAUUCAGCUGAUACUGAAGAUUGCGCUUAUAACACUUUUCAGUUCUGGAGGGUCCCUUUGCCUGAGCUGAACCUUUCACUGCUGGAUGAGUCCAGUGGACAGAGCCAAGCAAAACACAAGUCAAAUGUCAAAACCCCCUGGGAUGCAAUGGAGACUUGAAAAUGAAGCCAAUUAAAGCGACAAGGUUGUUGUUGGUGUGCUUGGAGAAAGACAGUCUGCUGGCAUCUUUUCACUCAAAUAUGAAAAAUGUAUAGCUCUUCCAGUUAAAAGUUGCACAUUUUAAAGGUUGACACUUACUCCAAUAUGUUAUCUAAGUGAAUUUGUUCUGCAUUGCUUUGUACAACCGUGACAUACACUGCAUACUCUUUAGUUUUCAAGGUUAAACUUCUAGUUGUAGUGUUAACAACUUCUGCUAGAAAUUAGGAUUUCAUCACGUAUUUGCUUUUUACAUGCUGCUGGAUAAUUGAGAGAUAAAUUAAUCUGUUUUCAAGUUGUUGUAAAUAUUUCAUACACAUUUCUUGUGAAUUCUUUUUAAAACCACCUUUUGAUUAACAAUAAAAUAUUUGUUGUUUUAA